AUGCCUCGAGCUAAACGUGCCCGUCGUGCGCCUGCACCAUCUGCAAAAGCUAUUGCACGAUCACCCUCACCUGACGCCCACGACAGUGGUGAUGACGAACCGCCUCAACAGAACAAGUCUCCUGAGAGAGGCCGUAGACGAACAACGCGAUCUUCAGGUGCUCGCACCAGCCUUGCCAACGAGCAAGAUGUGCUCGCAGCAAAUCGACGUCGCGACGCGGCACUUGAUAAGCUUGCCACAGAGGAUCCUACUUCCACAGCCAGUAACAACGUUAAGGAUAUGGACUCUGGCAGUUCAGUUGAGGGAGGGCGACGAUUGACAGCCACGCCGAAGCAGCGAAGGGACACGACAGGGUUGGAUUUGGCGGAUAGCGUGUUUGGCGACCUCGAUACCAGUUUUGGACUCGAUGUUGAUGACGAUGACGAUACGCGCCCAGGGCUGCGGUCAGCCGAUGCAUCCUCACUUAAUUUGAGCAAUUUCAAGCGCAGACCACGUCAGUCGAGCAUUAUUGGACGCAACGACCCUCCCAUCCGGCCCAGCAGCCGUGGUGGUAACACUCCUAGUAUCAGUUCGACACUCCAAUUUGGUGCCUUCAAAAGACGCGCGCGAGAACCAAGUAUUCUUGGAACUGCACGAAAAGCCCGUCCAGAGGAGAACGCUGCAGGACAGGAGCCAGAUUCUGAGAGCGAGGAUGAGGACGAAGAUCAGUUCAUGCCUGAAGCUGAAUCUACACCCGUUAACAACCGUCGGAGAACACAGCCUCAAGCUGAAAUAAUCGAGGUUCCGGCCUCUAUUGAAGUCCCAACUUCUCCUGAAGUACCUACAGGAUCGAAGCACAGAAAAAGGAAGAGCGAAGACGCGCUUCCAAGUAGCGAACGACCAGAAAAGAUAUCACGAAUUGAGAGUGAUGCCGAGGAGUCAGAAGAAGAGGCGGGCCCUGCACCCGAAAUCAUCGACUCCGACAAUGAAAGUGAUUCUUCCCUGUCGGAUCUUGCCUCCCCACUAGGACCUUCGCCUGUUCUCAGGGAUCGGCCUGUUACACCUAUUAAUGACGAAGAGCUCAUGGCUCUCCCAGUCAGCAGCGACUCAGAAGAUGUGAACUGGCCUGACAUUCAUACCUUGGCCAAACGACGCCGAAGACACUCUGUCACAACCCCUAUUCGCGCCGAUAACUUCUCCGAUGUUUCCUCGCCCCCAUCUCUUACACACUCCCCUAAUUAUGACGAGGUACAAAAGACUCGAGGACGAGCUGCAAACAAGCGAAAAGCAACUUCGCCUAAGAUUACAACUGCCGACUUGACAAAUCUUCUCCCAAAGCGUCAUUACCAGAAAAAGCGAGAUCCUCUUGGGCUGGAGAGCGAUGAAGAGUAUGACACGUCAGGCAUUGGGGAGAAUGAGGAUGAGCUCUCAUAUCUCGACGGCCGGGCUGCGCGUCGAAGACGGGGCGGACGAGCGACAAGCCGCGGAGGCCCAAGUCGGCCAGCUUCGCGAGGUGGACGUAUGACACAAGCUUCCAAAGGGAAACAAACUGCCUCGGGAAAGCAAGCAGUGCGUAACGCACAAACUUACUCUCGCCGGUCAUCGGACAAGGAGAACGAGAAUGAGAAUGAGGAAGGCAGUGGCGAUGAUGAGGAGGAUCAGCACGAGAACAGCCGCUUCCAGCCACUCCCUGACGACACUUUCGGCGAGGGAAGUGCCGAGAACGCAAGCACACCCUCCGCGGAUGAGCUCAGACAGGCAGCGAAGAAGUUCAAAGAAGUUGACAGAUGGGAGCUCGACUUUGAAGAGGUUACGCAAAGUUCGUCACCACUUGCGCGGUGA